AUGGCCGAAAUUCCCAAUGAGGCUUCUCAAUUCUCAGCUGGUCUUAGGAUCCUUGCAAUUGAUCAUGACCCCACGGUUCUUGAAUUCAUUAAGCAAAUCUGCGGUGGACUCCAAUAUCAAGUUGUCACAUGCACUGAAUCUCCUUCUGCUUUGAAUCUUGCGAGGGAAAGAAGAGGCUACAUUGAUGUGAUACUAAUGGAGCUUCACAUGCCAAACAUGGAUGGCCAUGAAUUCCUUCAGCAUGUCAAGAAGGAAAUUCCUGUUAUUGUGAUGUCUGCUGAUGAUGCUAAGAGUUCCAUAAUGAAGGCCGUUGCAAAUGGGGCUUGUGAUUAUUGGAUUAAGCCUUUUCAUAAGAACCAGUUCAAGAACAUGUGGACACAUGUAGCUAGGAAAGCCAUGAUUGAAAACAAGAAUUUUGGUAGAUUGGAUGGUGCUCAUUGCAGAAAACGGGAGAAAAAUUAUUCUGAAUUUGGUUCUUCUACUGUUAUUGAUGCAACAGGAGGAGUGGUUUGCAGUUCAAGAGAACCUGAUGAGGUUCAUGAAUCGAAUGAUUCUUAUCAACCCCCAGCGAAAAAGCCACGUGUAAUAUGGACAGAAAAUCUGCAUAGUAAAUUUCUCAAGGCAGUGAAGCAAAUUGGGGAUGAUAAGGCUGUGCCAAAGAAAAUUCUUGAAGUGAUGAAUAUCCCUCAUUUGACAAGAGAUAAUGUUGCUAGUCAUUUGCAGAAAUAUAGGCAACUUACGAAGGCAACAUCUAAUGAAGCAACACAGCAACAGAAUGAGAUGCCAUUGCCAAACAUCAUCAAAGAGACUACAGAAUCCAGGGUAGCUGCACCUGUAAGAGUGGACUUCCAAUCCUUGACUGCUCCUAGCCAUGUUUCCAAUAAUACAUUGGCAACCCUUAAUCCUUCUCUUCCAAGUAAUUUGAUAUCAAAAGAGGAACAUUCUACCCCAAGUAUACAAUUGCUUAACCAUUCCCAUCCAGAACAAGGUGUGACACAUGGUCAUCCUUCUAACAUUGCCAUUGCCAAUAAUUUUCCUCAGCCAAUCAUUGAUCCAUCUAUAUAUGGAGUGCUGAUGGAUAUAUUGCAGCAGCAGCAGCAGCAAAGGCAGCAGACAAUAAUGAUGCAUCAUCAAAUUAGUCCUCAGACAUCUAGCAUGAUGAUUUCUGGAAAUCCAUCUUUUCUCACUCAGAAUAUUAAUUAUGGUUUAGUAUCACCUCAAACUAUUACUCCACUCGGUGCUGCUCAAGUACAUGAUGCAAACAACUUCGGUUUUACAAGUGGUGAUAUGAGAUUUUUUCCUUCACCAGCGUCAGAUGAACUAGUUCCCGAUGGUUCAAUAUCGGGUGACUUUACUUAUCAGGAGUAUACCAACAUCCCACCUAGCUCACUUGAAGAUACAUUAUUUGCAAGCGCUUCUAUUAACCCAAAUUUCUCCGAAGAUAUUGUUGAUGGCAACACAACAAAGGAGGAUGAGCCAAAUCAAGAGGCUUUAUAA